AUGGAGGAAAUAACAGAUAGGUGUGCAACGCUGAAGUUGUCGGUGAGAGAAGAUGUUGAAGUCACAAUACAUGCACCAUUGACAGAGGACGGUCCUGUCCUCAUCGGGAAGUUUUGUACGAAGAGCAGAAUUAACCUGGAGUUCGUGGUCCGAGUGUUGAGAACAGUUUGGAGGGUGGAGCAUGAUUUCGAGGUCAGCGAUCUGGGAGAGAAUAAGGUAAUGUUCCUAUUCCAAACGAAAGAGGAUAUGGAGAAGCUGUUGUUGCUUAGUCCGUGGUCUUUUGAUAAAUAUUUACUAAUCCUCCAUAAGUUGGUGUGUGGUGAGGUGGUGAAGGAUAUUAAGUUUAACAGAUUGCCGUUUUGGGUCCAAAUACAUGGAUUGCCCACAAUGUGUCAGACAAAGGAAGUGGGUAUGAAUAUCGAUGCAACCUUGGGGGAGGUGGAGAAGGUUGAUGCCAAUGGGAAAGGAUUUUGCUUGGGGAGUUUUCUACACAUAAGGGUUCUUCUAGAUGUUUCCUUGCCGCUAUGUAGAGGCCGUAAGGUGUGA